AUGGAUGAAUAUAAGCUACAUAUAAAAGUGCUUUCAGUGUUUUGCUGGACAAAGUGCAUUCUAAAUCUGCAUGCGUUAGUAUUGACAUUCAAAUUCCUUAUUCUGUCUCUUUGCAGUAUAAUUAUCCUUAACUCAGUCAUCAUCCCAACUCUACACUGGAUAUUACCUGAUAGAUGCCCAGAAUAUAGUUCUCAAGAGCUCUGCUCAUUUGUUGGUACAUUGAAAUUUUAUUCCGUCUUGCGGCAUGGACUCGUACAACUCUUUUAUGUAACUUGGUUCUACCCACUGUACAUAUUCAGCAUUAUCCUGAGCAACCUCUGGUACAAUGACAUUGCUAAGUAUGGAUUUUCUGCAAUGGGGAGAUCCACGCCAACCACAUUGGAUCCUGUCAGACAAAAUGAUGUUGGUUUGGAAAGACCUGCUGGCGUAGAAGGGGUCAUGAUUGGUAUAGGAGAGCAGGUGUAUUCAGUACUUCUUUUGACCUGUUUCUUCCUAGAGGUAUAUGUGACUGGAUAUAUACCAUAUGUGGGGAAGGCAGUAAAUUUUCUGCUUCUGUCCUGGAUGUAUGCCUAUUACUGUUUCGAGUACAAAUGGAAUUUUUCUGAAGUUCGUCUUGAAAAAAGGCUGGAUUUCUUUGAAUCUAAUUGGGCAUUUUUUGCUGGUUUUGGUAAAUAUACAACAAUUUAUCAUAUUCACUAAACAAAUUAAUAUAGG